CUGUGACCUUGAACUUCAUUGAUAACAAGCAUCAUGGCACUGAACAAGCUCAGCAUCGACAAAAUCGAGUUGAAAGGCAAACGUGUGUUGAUACGAGUUGAUUUUAAUGUGCCGCUCAAGGAUGGCAACAUCACCAACAACCAGAGAAUCACUGCGGCGCUACCUACGAUCAAUGCAGCACUGCAAAGUGGGGCGAAAUCCGUCGUACUCAUGAGUCACCUUGGGCGACCUGACGGUCAACGGAACGAGAAGUAUUCGCUGGCACCUGUCGCCAAAGAGCUGGAAAGGCUUCUUGCGAAGCCCAUAACAUUCCUUAGCGACUGUGUUGGUAAGGAAGUGGAGGAUGCAUGUGCAAAUCCGGCAGAUGGAUCUGUCAUUUUGUUGGAAAACUUACGGUUCCAUAUCGAAGAAGAAGGAAAGGGAAGCGACUCGGAAGGCAAAAAGGUGAAGGCCGAAAAAGCCGCGGUAGAUGCUUUCAGGGCAUCACUUUCCAAACUCGGCGAUGUCUAUGUAAACGAUGCAUUUGGUACUGCUCACAGAGCUCACAGUUCCAUGGUUGGUUGUCAACUCCCGCAACGAGCAGCUGGUUUCUUGCUCAAGAAGGAACUAACCUAUUUUGCCAAAGCUUUGGACAACCCCGUAAAACCAUUCCUUGCCAUCCUUGGUGGUGCCAAAGUUGCAGACAAGAUCCAGCUGAUUGAAAACAUGCUUGACAAGGUACAAGAGAUGAUCAUUGGUGGUGGAAUGGCAUUCACGUUCCUCAAGGUCCUCAAGGGUAUGGAUAUUGGAAGCUCAUUGUAUGACGAAGAGGGUGCAAAGAUCAUUAACAAUCUAAUGGAAAAAGCAGCAAAAAAUGGCGUUCAAAUCCAUCUUCCUAUAGAUUUUGUUACAGCUGACAAGUUUGCAGAAGAUGCAAAUGUUGGUUCUGCUACAGUGUCAUCUGGUAUUCCAGCUGGAAGUUUGGGUUUGGAUGUGGGAAAAGAAUCAUCCAAAAACUUUCUUGAAGUCAUUAGCAGGGCUAAAACGAUUGUAUGGAAUGGCCCACCCGGUGUUUUCGAAUUCCCAAAUUUUGCUGAAGGUACCAAGUCUAUGAUGAAUGCAGUUGUCAAGGCAACAGAAUCUGGUGCAACAACAAUUAUCGGGGGAGGUGACACGGCAACAUGUGCGGCGAAGUACAACACAGAGAGCAAGGUGAGCCACGUCAGCACAGGUGGCGGAGCCAGUCUUGAGCUGUUGGAAGGAAAAACUCUCCCUGGUGUAGCAGCCCUCUCAGAUGAUGUCUAAAGACUGAUGUCACUAGAACUUCUAUUCAGAUUAGAUUUUCUUUGUGAGACCUCACUCAGAUGUGUUCUUCAUACAUGAUCUGAAAUAUUUGUCAUGUUGGUCAGGCCUGGACUGGACUGAGGACACGUUUCAUCGUCUAUGUGACCGGUGAACAUGUGAAGGAGAACUGUAAAGCAUUUCAUUUCUAUUGAAAAGGAAAUAUUGGAAUUGUAACUUAACCUUUUAACAUCCUAUAUGCUUGCUUCAUGAGUGAUGACAAGGCUGAUGUCAGUAACUAAUUUUUUGUUUUCAGAUAGGAGUGUUAGGAUUGUAAAUGUUACUUAUUGUUAUGCCCUACUUGUUGAAUGUAUAACUACGCACUCUACUGAAGCCUUACUCCUGUUUGUUGGGUCAUUUAGGUUGAUUAAAUAUUGACUAAAUUAAAA